UAGCGUCGCUGUGAACUCAAACGUGUGGUCUGGGAGGGCAGAUGGCACUCUUCUGCGAUCUGAUGGGCUGCGGGCGAGCGUUUCCGUAGUGUAGCUUUUAAUGCAUCAUGACAGAGGCUCCGCUGCCGACUCGCCUGUCCUAAUUUCAAGCUAGACGAGACGUACAUUAUUUCACGCAGGGCAGGCAGCGCUGGCGCACGCACACUCCUCCGUAUGCGCGUCCUCUUCUGGAAUGAGAUCCGCUUUCGGUGAUAAAACGCUUCUAAACGGAUUCGCUCGUCAUGUCGAAGCGGUGCGCGCUUUAAAUUUGUCCGUGGACGAAACGAUACAUGGUGAUACCGACGCUCCCGGAGACAAGGAUGUCGAAACGGCUGCGAAAUAGCGAAGUUUGUGCGGACUGCAGCAGUUCGGAUCCUCGCUGGGCGUCUGUGAACAGAGGAGUUCUGAUAUGUGACGGGUGCUGUGGCGUUCACCGCAGUCUGGGUCGCCACAACUCACAAGUGCGCCAUUUGUCAAACACGCCCUGGCCACCCACCCAGCUACAGAUGGUUCAGACAUUAUACAACAAUGGUGCUAAUGCAAUAUGGGAGCACACUCUGCUGGACCCGUCAUCCGUCACGAGCGGGAAACGCAAACCCAAUCCUCAGGAUAAAGUCCACCCUAACAAAACAGAGUUUAUAAAAUCAAAGUAUCAAAUGCUGGCUUUCGUGCAUCGUUUACCCUGUCGAGAUGAUGACAGUACAGCAUCUGCUGAUCUAAGCAAGCAACUUCACUCCAGCGUUAGAACCGGCAAUCUUGAGACCUGUUUGCGGUUACUGUCGCUUGGGGCUCAAGCCAACUACUUCCAUCCGGAGAAAGGGAACCCGCUGCACAUAGCGGCUAAAGCAGGCCAGGUAUGUCAGGCUGAGCUUCUCUGUGUGUACGGGGCAGACCCUGGUGCUCCGGACUCCUGCGGCAAAACACCCAUCCACUAUGCAAGGCAAGCUGGCCAUCAGGACCUGGCAGACAGACUGGUGGAAAUACAGUACGAGCUCACAGACAGGCUGGCCUUCUAUCUCUGUGGGCGGAAGCCUGACCACAAGAAUGGACAGCAUUUCAUUAUACCGCAGAUGGCGGAUAGAAACGUCAGUCUGGAGUUAACAGAGUUUGCAAAAGCUGCAAAAAGAAAACUGCAGUCUCUCAGCGAUCAUUUGUUUGAGGAACUGGCGAUGGACGUGUACGAUGAAGUCGAUCGAAGAGAGACCGAUGCAGUUUGGCUGGCCACUCAGAACCACAGCACCUUGGUAACGGAGACGACAGUCGUGCCUUUCCUUCCUGUGAACCCGGAGUACUCGUCGACACGAAACCAGGGAAGGCAGAAGCUGGCGAGGUUUAACGCUCACGAAUUUGCGACACUCGUGAUCGAUAUCCUAAGCGAUGCAAAGCGACGGCAGCAGGGGAACUCCGUCUCGAGUCCUAAAGACAACGUCGACGUCUUCUUCAAAAGCGCGGGCAGCCGUCACGGAAGUGAAAGCCAGGAAACCGACCAGCCGGAUUAUGACAGCGUGGCGUCCGAUGAGGACACGGACACCGAUUUACGAGUGGGAAAAGCAGACCGAGCUAAGAGCCUGGACUCUGAUCUGUCCGACGGACCGGUUUCCGUGCAGGAGUUCCUGGAGGUGAAAAAUGCGCUUUCGGCCUCGGAGGCCAAAAUUCAGGAACUGAUGAAGGCCAACAGCAAUCUGAGCGAGGAGCUGAGAAUGAUGCAGAAAAAGCUGCAGUCUCUGCAAAGCGAGAACAGCUCUCUCAGGCGGCAGGUCUCCGCUCAGCAGCCCUAUCAGGCCCCCGGCGGCCCUGACCACCCCAAUCCCUCCAGUCCCUCUUCCUCUUCCUCCUCUUCCUCCUCCUCUGCCCUGAAACGCCACCUCUCUGCACGGGCCAGCCGCCCCAUGUCUAUGUAUGAAACCGGCUCUGGCCUGAAGCCUUUUCUCCCCAAGGGAGAGACCCCUUAUCCCGAGGAGACCUUCCCCACCCUGCAACCCUUCCCGACCUAUAUGGGAAAAGGUGCGUUUGUGGCCGCCUCCUCUUCCCUCCCCUUCCUCCCCUCCUCAUCCUCCCCGUCCUGUUUGCGAGAUCCUCAGGGGCCCGGACGGAAGCGGCCGGAACCCUUGGCCUCGUCUCCAUCCUCCUCGACUCCCAUCCGUCCCUUGUCCCCUUACACCUGUUGUGCUCCACGCAUCGGCGUGCAUGAACGCUCCCUCCACCAACCCACCGGGGGCUGCUGUUUUCAUCUGGGCUCCAAGUUCGACAAGCAGAGCAGCGUGUCCGAUGGCGACUAUGACAACACGGUUAACGAAUCUGAUCUGGACGACUCUGGCUUCGGCCGAAGAUGUCGCCUGCGCAGCAGCGGCUGGAUGGGAGAGAGCGGCUCUAUACCCGAGCUGGACGAUCACGAGUGUGAGCCCGACCCCAGCCUGCCCAGCACCGAAGACGUCAUCCGGAAAACUGAGCAGAUCACCAAGAACAUCCAGGAGCUGCUGAGGGCUGCGCAGGAGAACAAGCAUGAGAGCUUUACACCCUGCUCAGAAAGAAUACAUGUGGCUGUAAAUGAAAUGGCUGCCCUGUUCCCCAAGAGGCCGCGCUCCGAGACGGUGAGGAGCUCUUUGCGAUUGUUAACGUCCAGCGCGAACCGGCUGCAGAGCGAGUGUAAGAAAGCGUCUCCUCUGGAGAGCAGCCCCGCAGCGGACGUGCAGCUGGUCACUCAGCAGGUCAUCCAGUGCGCUUAUGACAUCGCCAAAGCUGCCAAGCAACUCGUUACCAUAACCACCAAAGAGAACAGCAACUGAGUCCCGCCUGUAAUGCUACCCCGGUGUUAUUUAAUCGGUAUUUAUUAGGUACGUCGCAGGGUUUUUUUGUUUGUUUGUUUUUUCAUUUAAGCUGUAUUUGCAUGUUUUUAUUUUUUAAUUUAAGGUGUCCGUCGUCUGUGUCGUUCGGCUUGAAGCCAUAAGAUAAAGCCUGAGGUGCUCUCAAGGGUUUUGUAAGGAUGUGUGUAUGUGUGGACCUGUGUGUGUUUGACUAGAUGGAGAAGGAUUUGAGCGGAAAAGACUAUUCUGCACUAUUCUGACUAAUUUUACCUCUUCAUAUUCAAACAUUUGGUAGAUUUUUUUUUUUUUUUUUUUUUAUGUCAGUUAAACAUAAUGUGUAAUAAUAAUAAAAAAAAAAUCUAUUGUACAAAAUGUUCUGUUGACGCGGUCAGGUAGGGCUAGUGUAGGUACAGAUACAAUAAACAUAAUUAUAAAGAUGUCAAAUUAUCUAUUAAUGAAAAAAAACAUCGUAUUUCAUUUAUGUCCAAAGUGAAUGCCCUUUUCUCUGUUGGAUAAAUCUGGUGGCUAUAAUAUUCAGAUUUACAGUGCGCAUUGGGGUCGACCGAUUAUCGGUGUUGAUAUUAAGCAUUUUUAUGGUUAUCGAGUUUCAAAACCGAUUUGCAGAUAAAGUUAUUUAAAUGCAUUUAAAGAGAGCUUUUUUUAAAGCCCUUAUUAUUCUUCAUUUUCACAUUUAUAUUCGUUUUUAUGCCAGGUAUGUAUAAAAUACGGGUUUUAUAUAUAUAUAUAUAUAUAUAUAUAUAUAUAUAUAUAUAUAUAUAUAUAUAUAUAUAUAUAUAUAUAUCUAAGCAUCAGCCCUAAAAAAACACAUUGGUUGACCUCUAGUAUGCAUAAAAAAAGUGAGGAUGUAUAUAUAUAUCUAUAUCUAUAUAUAUCGGCAUCAGCCCUAAAAACCCAUUGGUUGACCUCUAGUAUGCAUAAAAAAGUGAAGAAAUGUUAAGUAAACUUAAGCUUAUAUUGCAUCAGUUACUUGGAGGUCAAAGUAUUUUUUUUCAAUAUGCUGCAGAUGAACAAUCUCCACCAGCAGAUACUGAUACUGUGUUUGUGAUCAUUUAAACGUUUUUUGGUUUGUGUAGAUAGUUCCUCAUAUUGUGCUUUCAUUUCAGUGUUUUCAUUUAUUUCCUCUCUACUUCUAGUCCAGCCCGAUCAGGUUAGUGCAGCUCCAGCUCAGUGUUAAACCCCACCUCCUUCGAGUGUUCGUAGUCGUUUAGAUGAACCUCCUUCCACUCGUUCACGUCAUUGCUGUCCCUGUGGUUAAGAAUAAAACGUGUUCUUUAUUUUUUAAAAACUUAAUUUAUCCUUUUGAGCUUCGUUUGUUGCUCCAGGGUUUUUGUUCACUUCAGAAACUGAGCCAUAAUAAAGUGAAACGUAAAACA